AUUGAUCACUUUGUGUUUACAUAGAGAGCAGAGCAGUAUUGUCUCCUCAUUCACAGUCAGUCAUGACACACAACCAUGUUUUCUGUAGUGGUACAGAGGAGUGCACUCAAUGUGCAACACUGUCUACUCCAUGUUAUUUUGAGCUUGGUGCUUAUAAGUGAAGUCGCCAUCACAACAGCGAGCAAUGAAGAGCCCAGUGUUCGUGAAGCUCGGUCAGUAGGUGCUCAGGUGGUAGUUCAACCCGUGGACUGCGUUUUAUCAGAGUGGAGUGCAUGGUCACGCUGCGACACCUGUCAGAAAAAAAGAUAUCGCUACGCUAAGCUUCAGCAGCCAUCUCAGUUUGGAGGAGAGCUGUGCAAUUUUCAUGACAGGGAGGAAGAGGCCUGUAAUGUUCCAGCCCGAUACACCUGUGACAAUGUUCCUUUAUGUGAGGGAUUCCUCUGCACCCAAACAGGUCGCUGUAUUCACAGAACUCUGCAGUGUAAUGGGGAGGAUGACUGUGGGGACAUGUCAGAUGAAGCCGGCUGUAAGAAGGUUCCCAAGCCCUGCAGGCAGGAGACUGAAGAGUACUGGGGAAUCGAAAACCUUGCCAAAGGAAUCAACAUCUUGAACAGUAACCUGGAGGGAGUGGUGCUUGAUAACAGAUACUAUGCGGGCAGCUGCUUGCCCCACUACAUCCAGGAUGUCAGAUUCAGGAAACCUCACAACUUGCAGCAGUACACUCUUCAGACAAAAGGCACAUAUGAUUUCAACAUGCAGUCUUUUAACUCAUACUCUGAGUACAUGCACCACUCCAUCAUGGAACGUAGGACUAAAGUCACUGUUUCCUUUGGCUUUGCCAUUCCUGGUAUAUUUGAAUUUGGCUACAACUUCAAUAACGCCAAGUACACCAAAUCAGUUCAGAAGACUCGCCGUGCUGCUGGCAAGCUUAACAGCUUUGUGAGGGCCAAGGCAGAGCUGGAGUUGGCCCAGUACAUGCUGAAGUCAGACGAUUUGAUGCUUCACCCUGAGUUCCUGCAGCGCCUGCGCUCUUUGCCACAGUCCUAUUUGUAUGGGGAAUACAGACAGAUAUACAGAGACUAUGGCACCCACUACAUCACAGAGGCUACCCUCGGAGGAGACUAUGAGCACACCAUCAUUUUAAAUAAAGAGAACCUCGCAAAGACAGAUUAUUCUUUGGAAGACUUCAAGUCCUGCACACAGGCAGGCCUUAAGAUUGGGGCCAACAUAUAUGGCACAUAUGUGUCAGUGGGGUUUCAAGGUGGAUCCUGCGAUGGCCUGUUGAAUGAGAUGGGAGAGGACACGACGCUCGGCAGCGUGGUGGAGGACUUUGUUGCCGUCGUACGGGGUGGCAGCAGUGAAUCCAUCACUGCUUUGGUGUCUAAAAAGCUUCCCACCCCACAGCUGAUGCAGCUUUGGGGUGAAUCAGUGCGUUUCAACCCUGACUUCAUCCGCUCAACAACCCAACCGCUGUAUGAGCUGGUGACCUCCAGAGACUUCUCGCAUGAUGCCACCCUGAAGAGAAACCUAAAGAGAGCCCUGUCAGAGUACCUGGCAGAGGCUAGCUCAUGCCGUUGUGCUCCCUGCCAAAACAAUGGAGUGGCUGUUUUGAGAGGCACAAGGUGUGACUGCGUGUGUCCUGUCGGCUACACUGGACGGGCCUGUGAGAUCACUCAGAGGCAAAAAGAAAUAGCCAUUGACGGUCGCUGGAGCUGCUGGGGUGCAUGGUCGUCCUGCAGGGGAAGAAGAAUGUCAAGGAGUCGACAGUGUAACAACCCAACGCCCAGCAAUGGAGGCCUAGCAUGUGCAGGACUGCAGGAAGAGUCUACUGAAUGCUUUUAAAUAUCUGCUCUACAGCUCUGAUGUCAACAUUCACACAAAGAUUUAUGAAAACCUUGUUUUAAAGAAAUUAUUAGUCUGUAAUGUGUUUUGUCUUUGGGCUGCCUAGUGUGACAUAAUGAUUCAUAUUCAAAUAAAAUAAAAGAAAAACACUA